ACACUUUCAAGCAAGAAGUAUCCAUCAGCCAACUCACCCCGUUUCUUGCUUCUGUUCAUAUUUUAUUACUACUACCUUAAAGCAUUUUGUGCUACCUUGCUUGCUUGUUAAUCAAUAUCUAGAGGGUAUCAUGGAGCUUCAACUAGGUCUUUCCCUUCCAACCUACAAUUUUAUUGAAAACUUUGACCUGAACAAUGGUGGGUUUGAGCCCAAAGAUCAGAUGCUUGGUUCGAAACCAUGGAUCAGCUGCGAAGAUGGUAAUUACUUGGACAACAAACGUAGCUUUGAAGUAGCCUUUGAAAAGAAUAUCAAAGAUGCAUCUCAAGAAUUGCCUUUACUUUUAUGGAGUGGCCAACCAAAUGAUGAAGAUGAUUGGAAUGGAGAGAAGAAAAUCUCUCGUAGCAUUAACAAGGAUGAUGAAGAGGAAAAUCAAGUUGUGGGGUGGCCACCUAUUAAGUCAUGGAGGAAGAAGGUGCUUCAUCACCAGCAUCAAGCUGGUCAUGUUGUGAAUAGUACUAGAAUGGCAACAGCUGGGAAUUAUGAAUAUGGUACUGGAUCAAACUCCAAGUAUGUCAAGGUGAAGAUGGAAGGAGUAGCAAUAACAAGAAAGAUUGAUUUAAGGCUCUACAACUCUUACCAGACACUCACAAAAUCCUUGAUCAGCAUGUUUGCAAAAUGCAAAAACCUUGAAAAAGAUGCUGCACGUUACAGUCUGACAUACCAAGACAAAGAUGGGGACUGGCUAAUUGCAGGAGAUGUUCCAUGGCAGACUUUCAUGGAGUCUGUGCAGCGUUUGAAGAUAGUAAGGAAUGCUGGUUAAAUUGGUUUGGAUUGAUGAUCAAUUAUUGUGUCCCUGUGUUACAGUGUACUAUAAGAGAUCGCAUGUAUUUAUACCCUAGUGUUAGAGGAAGAGCAUAAUUAAUUAGAUUAUUAAGCCUUUAAUUAAAUGUUGUAUUGGAUGUAAUUGAAGUAAUUUAGCAUUGUAAGUUUGUAAUCUUAAUUUGUUGUUAAUUCCAUCAUAUAAGUUGUCUUGCUUUUGAGAGUGAAAAUGUUGAUAUAUAUGUCAAUGCCAUAUCUUACGAGAA